AGGUCAGGGGGCUUUUAAUAGAAGCGCGUGCUGGGUGGCGAUGACGUCACGGUGACGAAGGCGUGUCACGAGCCUGUGAAUGAAAGUGAAAGUGAGCGGAGGUACAGCGCGAGAGAUCGAAGCGGGAUAAAAUGUCAGGAUUGUGAUGUUUACACGGAAGAGUGGAGAUCUCCUGGUUUUCUCCACUUGUCUCCACCUGUGCGGUACUGAUGGUGGUGUCUUGUGUCCUCCACCAUGCAGUCCUGUAGCUUUCAUCACCGCGUCCUGUUCUUCCUCACCCUCACCUUCACCACUGUACCUACACUGGACUCGACCUCUGUAACUGUGAAGCUUCAUCAGUCUGCUAAACUCCCAUGUAAAUCCAAAUGUUCUGGUGUGAUCAAAUGGUCCAUGGUCCAUAAUUCAACCCAUGUUCUGGCUCGGUGUGAUCAGAUGUCCUGCAGGUCAGAGAAGGGAUAUGACACGCCUCAUGAUGAGUACCUGAAGGGGAAUCAGUAUCUCACCAUCACUGCAGUAGAUUUCAGUAAGCGUGGCUUAUACAUGUGUAAUUGUGACGGUGAGAAGGCCUGUGAUGUGCGUCUUGUCAUCGGUACGUUGAAGUCCUCAGUUCGGUUAACCCCUGGGGAGGCUCUGGUGAUGGAUUUGCCCGUACCGGAUCCAGUGGAGGUGAUUUAUAAGCCCAUCGAUUCGAGUGAUUUAUACGGCGAACAGAUCUGUACAGUGGCCCACCGCUCACUCCACUGUAAACCUGAAUACACACACAGAGCAUCACUCAGUCACCCCAACAUCACGCUGACAGACGUGAAUAUGUCCGAUGGCGGAAGUUACACCAUCCGGGACCGGAAGAACGAGGAAGACAUUCAUAUAUACAUCCUCAUUGUGACAGUGGUCCAGUCAGAAUCAGAAAGGAAGCCGGUGAGUCCCGUGCUGCCUGUAGUGAUAACGGGGGUGCUGGUGCUGGUCCUGGUUAUUAUGGGAGCAGCGUUUGUGAUGAAGUAUCUACAUGUAAAGCGUCUUAAGCAGGAAAAAGCGGAUCUGGAGGAAACUAUUAGACUGAACCUAUCGGAGAUAGAUGUGGAUAAUGGCCGGCGGAGAGCGAACAGCGAUGCAACAGCAGCAGAGUGGCUGAGGCAGAUGGUAGCGGUGGAAAAGCUGAUACAGAAAUACAAACCUGACUCAGUGAGAAGAUCUCAGAGCUGGACGAACCUGUACGACAUCCCGGAGCUGGAGAUGUUGAAGAAGAAGAAGGCAGAAUUGGACAUGGCUGUAAGGAGCAGGGAGAUCUCGGAGCAGGACACAAUCGGCCAGUGGUGGAGUUUGAAGAGGCCAGAACUGAACACGAUCAUAGAGCGCUGGAGAAAGUUUGACGCAGAACCGGACGUGGUCAUCCCGGCGGAACGAUGUUAUAGCUAUCCUUGACAGAACUUUGACAGCAAUAUCAGCAGUGUGUUCAGGUUUGAUCUACCUGCACUGGUAGAUUUUGUUAUUUCUGCUGUGAGCUGGCUGUAUUUGUGUUCUGUAAACAACGCACACUGUGAAUGAAAAAACAACAACAACCAGCUCAUAGUGUGAGUUCCUGCAUACUGCAGUUCACUCGUAGCCUUGUGAAGUACUUGAGCCCUGUUACUGGGGCGUUUACGGAUAUAAACUGAACCCAUUUAAUCAGCCCGAGAGAUUGCACAUUUUGGUUUACUUUAUUCGGUGUUUAGUUAUAUAUCCAGUAACACUAUGUGUGCAACACUAGCAACAAAACUACACAUCAGGUUUACAAAGCAUGACUCGCUCUGUGAUUAUACAAGGUGAUGAGCACAUUGUUCACUUCUGUCAACUUCCGUAACGCAACUGAAUUCAUUCAGUUAUAAUCAAAUAAUCAGACAAUCAGAUAAUCAGACUGACAAAACGUCUGCAAUGCUCCUGCUUCAUCCCAUCAUCAUCAUCAUCAUCAUCAUCAUCAUCAUCAUCAU